AUGGGGAGAGUGUGCGGUGGGGAGGACAAGGAAUGGAGCUUGAGGUCAUGGAUUAGUAAGAAAGGCACAAAUGGUAGAGGCAUUGCAGAGGAAAAUGGUAGAAGCAGCAAGGAUGACUUCCAGACACCAGGAGAGAAGGUUAUUGCUGAGAUGCAAAGGGAAGUAGGAAAAUCCCAUUGGCAGGUCCUGAAAAUACCUGCCUUCCUGCAGACCCCCUCCGUCAGCAGUCUCAAUGAGAGUGCAGUGCACUCUGAUGUUCAGAAGAGAACACAAAGCUGGGAUCAGCAUGUGGUAUUUCUGGUGGCACUGACCAUCUUUGGGACACAAUCUCACGGAAAUGAGGUUUAUAAUAUCAUCAGCUCAACCGCCAAUGGUGGCCAGAUUCAGGAGACAAUGACAAUUGACAAUGAAAAAAAUACUGCCACCGUUAACAUCCAGGCAGGAUCAUGCUCCUCUACCACGAUUUUUGACUAUAAACAUGGCUACAUCGCGUCCAGGGUGCUCUCCCGAAGAGCUUGCUACAUCCUGAAGAUGGACCACAAAGCCAUUCCUGCGCUGGACGAACUCAAACGGUAUACCUUCGAGAAGCAGACUCUGAAGAACAUGUUCUCUGAUAAAUACAUCUGGGUCAAGUACAACCCACUGCGGUCUCUGAUCACAAAUGUGGAUUGGUUCCUGUUUGGGUCACCCAUCAGGCAACUCUGCGAAAAUGUCCCCUUGUAUAAGGGGGAAGUGGUUGAUAAGACAAAUGAUGCCAGUGCUGGAGCCUGUGCAAAGGUGGGGCUCCUGGGCAUCUUGGGAAUUUCCGUCUGCGCAGACCUUCAUGUUUAAGGCAUCAGCCCACUGGUUUCAUCUUUUCAAAGAAAUACACCCUUGGCUUCCACCCAACAGCCCAAUUAAAUUCUUUCUCAAUGCCGCAACUAAUACUGAGA